AUGCGAAGCAAGGUGCUGCUGGAGGAGGGGGCUGUGGACCGCAUCCUGAUUUGCGACGAUUUGGAUGUGCACCAGGGCGACGGCACGGCGGAGAUCCUCCGGCAGGAGGCACGUGCCUUCACCCUGUCCGUGCACUGCAAGGACAACUUCCCCUUCGGCUUCAAAGGAAUGGCCCACCUGGGCAAGGAUAGGAGUGACCUCGACGUCGGGCUGGAGAAAGGCACCGGCGACGAGGCAUUCUUGUCCUCAGUAUCCGAGUGUCUGUUGGGAACACUGGACGACUUCCGGCCGGACUUGGUGCUCUACGACGCGGGCGUGGAUGUCCACGAGGACGACGACCUUGGCAACCUGUGCAUUUCCUGGGAGGGCCUCCGGAAGCGUGAGGACCUUGUGAUCCAAGCCUGCGUGUCCAAGCGCAUUCCCAUUGCCUGCGUCAUCGGGGGUGGCUAUGACCGCGAUGCCCGUCAUCUCGCCCACCGGCAUGCGGCGGUUCACCGCGCGGCUCACGAUGCAUGGCGGACCUAUCGCCUGUGA